UCAAACUAGUUUCACUCACACGACUCACCUCUGGUUGGAUCCAAACAUGCUAUACCCUAACCCAGUAGUUCCAUGCCCUGCAUAUAGGCUUGGCGAUUUUGAUCCGAAAUGGCGUGAGAACGAGCAAUGACAUUGUCAGCUCCACUGCACACUACUUACCCCACCCCAGAGCUACUCCAACGCCUCCAACAGCUGGUUUAAAACACACGAGGGUAUGACUAGUAGUUCCUACACGAGCGGUUUGUGCAUAGGCCUGAGCCCCGCUAUCUGGCAUUUCCUUUUUCUUUGCAUUUCCUAACUUUGUGGCCGUUCAGCAGAAUGACGUUGAUUCUCAAAAAGUCGCUAAAGCUCGCGCUGGUCCAGCUGGCGUCGGGCGCAGACAAGGCGGCGAACCUAACGUCUGCGCGGCAAAAAGUGCUCGAGGCGUCAAAGGCCGGGGCGAAGCUGGUGGUGCUGCCGGAAUGCUUCAACUCGCCGUACGGAACAAAGUAUUUUGACAAGUACGCGGAAACACUGCGGCCGUCGCCGCCAUCAGAGUCGCAAUCGCAAACGUUCCACGCUCUGUCGAAACUGGCGCGCGAUGCGGGGGUGUAUCUGGUGGGAGGAAGCAUACCCGAGCGCGACGAGCAGGACGAAAAGAAGCUGUACAACACGAGUCUGACGUUUGCGCCGAGCGGAGAGCUGAUUGCGACGCAUCGCAAGGUUCAUUUAUUUGACAUUGAUAUCCCUGGCAAGAUUCGGUUCAAGGAGAGCGAGGUUCUGUCACCGGGCAACAAGAUUACGCUGGUGGAGUUGCCCGAGUAUGGCAAGAUUGCGAUUGCGAUAUGCUACGACAUACGGUUUCCCGAGCUGGCUAUGAUUGCAGCGAGAAAGGGGGCGUUUCUGCUGCUGUAUCCCGGCGCGUUCAACUUGACGACUGGAGCGCUACACUGGGAACUGCUAGCGAGAGCGCGAGCGACGGACAACCAGGUCUACGUGGGACUGUGCAGUCCGGCGCGGGACAUGUCGGCCGAGUAUAAUGCUUGGGGCCACAGCAUGGUGGUGGAUCCGAAUGCGCAGGUCAUGGAGCAGCUGGACGAGAAGCAGGGCGUGCUGAUGCAGGAGCUGGAGGCGGGCAAGAUUGAGGAGGUUCGGAAGGGGGUGCCGCUGUAUGGGCAGAGGCGGUUCGAUGUAUACCCUGAUGUCAGUGAAGGCGGCAGAUUUGAAGAGUAGAGGAAGAAUUCAAGAUGUCGACUUGAUCAUGGUCGUGCUGAGCGGUGGCCGUUAAAAGGCUGCCGGUAUUGUGAUGAAGCAGAAAAAUAUGCGCGAUGUUGGCAUACUGUCGUCCCUGUGGCCUGCGAGGAUGCGCCAGAGUCAGAAUCAGAGCCAGGGCGCUGUUUGGGCGGAUGGUUGCAAAAGGACGGGGGGUGUAGGUGAGCACUGGGCCGCCCAAAGGCGCCGAGGGGAGGUGGCUGGCAGGGGCUGUGGCAGGCAGAGCAGCGCUGGCUGGCUGCACAAGGCCAGGCAGAGGAGGCAUGCAGUGCACAACAGAACAGAAACUGGGUAAUUACGCGCAAUGGCAGGUGGGUAAAUUUUUUUCAUUAAUAAUAUUGUUAUUUGAACGCGCCAAAGGAACAACUAAUAAAAACAUUUGUC